GCGGCACAAGAAGGCGGAAGCUCUCUCGGGGUGUAUAUAAGCUGAAAGCGUGGGAUUUUUCUAUCAGUACCACCAUCUGAUCAUUUACUGUGACUGGGCGGCAGUGGGAGCGCACACAGGGUGCACAUGGACCCGAGAUCCGAGCUAGAGCGUGCAGACCAGGAGGGGAAACCCCAGCUGGUGAAGCCCCCAAGCCGCUAGAGAAACCCAUGCUGCCGGCUGACAGAGCGCUGUCCGUCCGCUGUGGUGCUGAACCGCAGGACUCGACCCUUCAACCGGUGACGUAGAGCAGAGACAGUUGACUUUUAUCACCGAGAAAAAAACUAAAACAAAAACAAAAAAGAAAGUCUUGACUGAAAUCCUCCCGCAUGUUCAUUUGCAUGGAUGUGAAGCAGGUGAAAAAAACAAGAAGAGAAGGAAAACCUGGAGCAGAAGAAGUGAUGGUUGGACUCCCCCCCGCCCUCGGCGUCACUCCGGCGGUCUGAGCCAAGCAGCGCGCUGCCGCUUCACACCGGAACCCAGCGGAGCCUCCGUAGAUGAGGAGGAGAGUGACAGAGGCUUUCGAUCAGUGAGGUACGCUCUUGCACGAAGAGAAUUAGGGGGAAAAUUAGCUAGAUUGCUCUCCCGAAGGGCUCUACAUGCAGCUGCGAAAAUGGGCUGUAUCAGCUCCAAAACGCCAGUUGGUAAGAGUUGUUUUAAUCUGCUUUCAUUUCAACAAAAGCACGCCGGAGGAAGCCUGAAUUUUUUCGCAUUUGUUUUGCUGCAGCCUUUCGCGGGUGCAGAGGCUUGGAGUAAAUUUGGGUGCUUGUAGUGCACAGCAUGCUGUGCCCGAGAUUGGAGACAUAUGAUCGCGCUGCUGAGUCAUAUGCUUUUAUUCACAUGAGCUUUAAAAACUGUAAACAAGACUGGAAUUGAUACGAUUCCGGUCCAUUUGAAGGUUAAAUGAUGAGUGUGUGUACGUGUGUGUGUGUGUGUGUGUGUGCAGGAGGGCACUCAGUGGGCUGGUGAACAGGAGCUUAAGGGGCUGGUAUCCGCAGACUAAACAUCGCGAUGCUACGAGAGUUGCAAGAAGCUUUUUUAGUGAGCACGCCAGUCAGAGGCAGAGAAGACAGGGGUGCUCUUGACACCAUUAAGGGAUGCGUUGGUAGACGGCUUUCCCGUGUGUUUGUGAGGAGAAGACGUAUCCAGGCACGAUGGUUCUGACCGCGCUGACCCAGUUUAGUUGCAAGGUAGGACACCGUUUGGCUUUAAUCCUGACGCAUGCAGCCGAACCAAGUGUUCAGCUUUAUAUCUCGCUGUUUUCUAAGAAAUUCGGGGUGGUAUCUUUCUGCAUACGUGAGGUUGGAAACAUUUAGUACUUCGUAGAUACACAUAGUAUAACCGGACUCCUUUAACGCUCACAGGCGCACAUAUGCAGCAGUAGAUCCGGCUGCUUGUUGUCAAGAAACAAGCUCCCUCUUGCUACCGCAUCUCUCCGCUCUCACGGUUGUUUACACCUUCGCUGUACGUGUCUCCCUGCGCUCCGCUGGCGGCUAAACGUCGCCGCGGGCCCCGUCCUCUAUGUGCGCCACCCCCGACCUCUGACUCGUGUCUUCCCCUAGAUACCCAUCACCUUGUUAUUUAUCUGACUGGGAGCCCCCCGAUAAAUCAAACCUGCCCCACAACCAUCCAUCUUUUCAUCCAUCCAUGCGUCAACUCAAUCGUCUCCAUCUCUCCCUCUCACGCGGACAUGUCCCCUUUUGUUUUUGCUUUUAAUAUCACAUCAUGCACCUUUUGAAACUGUGAUUUACCCAUCACAUCCGCUCUUACACCUCCCCUCUGCACCUCCUAAUUGGUUAUGUAAUGUGUCGCUUCAGUCACUUGAUGAUUAUGGCGCCUCGUCCCUGUCUCCUUGUCGCGAAGUGCGUAAGGACAUGCCCCGGUCCCAUAAACCCCGCAUGAAGUAACCGUGCGUGCAGGUUUGUGCACAUCUAUCAGGACACUAGUAUACAGUAGGUCAACAGCAGCCACCUGUUUGACUCUCUAAUUCCCUCUAUAUAUGUGUGUGCGAGUUUGUGACAUCAGGCGUCAUACUGCUGCUGGUGCCGACCUGAAUGUGUUGAUUCGCUCAUAAGUCACCGAGAGAGAGAGAGAGAGAGAGAGAGAGAGAUGCAUGACUGAGGUCUCCCUAUCUGCAGUUUCCACGACAACGGGAACUACAGAGAGAGAGAGAAGACAGAGGAAUGAGAGACCUAUAAGAAGAAAAAAAAACAUAAAUAAAUAAACAAAAUGAAGACUGCAGCUCUCAUUGGCUUUGAUAGGAAGAGGACACAGUUUUGGACAGAUUGCAGUCAGGGAAAGUAGAUUAAUUAAGAUAACAAGGCGUCAAAGAAAAUGAACAAAUUAGCCACAGACAGAGGAUGACCGCGGGGCCUCACCACUGAGCAGCCCUUACAGAUCCAGUCCAUUUUCACACAUUUACCCCUUCACAUUUUUUCUUUUUAUCUGCGUACCAUGUCAUCUGAUUUGUGCAGACGAGUGUACGGGCAGGGAAUGGAGAGAAAAUAAUUGGAAGAGGAAGUUUUUUUAUGCACUUUGAGAAAAAAAAGUGGAGCCAUGGAGUAUAAAAAAUAGUCAAAAAUACAAAAAUGUAAUUUUAAGAAUUGAAUUUUGACUUUAGACUCAACAUUUCAACUUAAUUUUUUUAAGUGCGUAAUGAAAAAUACUCUUCCUCCUCUCAUUUUCUUCCUCAUUCUUGGCCCUAAUCUCUUCUGUGUUUCUAUUGCAACCUCCAGUCUCUUAGCGUCACUGCUGUGAUGACUUAAACUUGUUCAUUGCAGAUGUGUCUGUCGACCAUUUGUUCUGAAGAGUCUCCAAAAAUCUACAGGGUGUGAAGCUCAGCGGGAACAGCUCAACAAAUAUAAAGUGAAACCUGGAUGUUUAUAUCGCUGCAGGUUACUGAGGUGUAUGAAGUACUCCAGGUUAUAUAUCACACAAAUACAAGUCCAAGUAAUACUUUCAGCUAACCUCACUUCAACUCUGAAAAAGUGUCUUUGAUUCAGAGCAAAAAUGCUGCAAACACAGUUUAUGUGUAAACCAUUAAUUUUUCAUCAUUUGAUAAACUUCAUGGUUCACAGUGUUGAACAAUAUUAUUGCACGUCUCACUUUUUGUAUCAUGCAGGCUGAGUGUUGGAUUUGCCUGUAAGUGAUUGAACAAAGCGUUGUAAAAAUAGGAGUUUAGUUUUGUUUGGGGGGAUAGAUUUGGAGUCUAAAUUGUAGAUGGGAGAAUUGCAUAGCCAGGCUGCUUUUUCAUGAUGUAAUUUCUAGUAUUUUUUUAUACUGCAGUAAAUUUUGCAAAAAAGAAACAUCCCAAUACCAUUUUUUUCCUCUGCCGUAGUCUGAGUGUGGUCAAGAAUACAUGCACUUUCUGCUACUUUAUGAUUAUUCAGAAAAUACUAAAUUUGUUUUUUAAAUCAAAGUGCCACUGCGUUACAGAUUUGUAAAAUAAAAGGAGCAACAAAGUCACUUCAAGCACAGACAACAUGGUUCAAAAAUUUGAUUUUAUUUAAAAAAAAAACAAAACAUUUAUUUGCAGUUGUUGACGUGCUUUUUUAGGUUUGACUGCACGGUUUAAUAGGCUCUGAGGAAGUUUGUGCACCAUAAAUAUGUACAAAAAACAGAAUAAUGUUUCAAGAUCAGACUCAGUGUUGUUUUUAUAAUUCAAUAAUUGAUUUUGUCUAAAGUGGAAACUGUUAAACAAAGUCAGUGGGUGUCAGACAUGCAUACACACAACCUAGUUUAGUCUGGAAAAACCUUGCUGAUCAUUUCCCUGUUUGUAUGUUCAGUACAAUAUCCAUGUUUCUGGUCAUCCGUGCAGUUAAAUAUUGAUUUCUCUCCAUCUCAGUCAUCAUUCAUUUUAUAUUCAUUCACUCUACUCCAGGUGUGGUAUCCAGGUUUGUGAAAAUACAGGAUAUGAUGUUUGUGAUCAUUAAAUAUGAGCGGGUGCAGCUGUGACAAUUGUGGGCAACUUCUGGAAAUUUGAUGCUGACGUGUCCCUAAAAAAUCCCUCUGGGUUAGAGAAGCUCAGAUGUCUGUCACACUUUGCACAUGAGUCUGAUGCUAGACAAAACACGUGCGCAUCCUUCACUCCUCUCAACAAUGCAUGCAUUGACCGAGGUGGCCUAGAUUCAAUGAUACAAUACACCCCGGGCAUCUGAUCUCAUCACACCCAAUUAAACGGCACAUAUUGAAUUGUACUGGUGGGCAACCUGAGCUUGGUGUACAAACGGCGGCUCUUUGACCCGGAGGUGAGUGAUUGGUCCUGAUAUUGGACUCAAUAUUUGAGAUGGGUGCUGGCGACUAAUCGAGCGGCUCGUUCUUUUCACAGACAGUAACUAGACACGCCUCCCUGCAGCGGGGAGCAGGAAAGAGGAGCCAGGCACUGACAUUUAGGGGCCCACCUCUUAAUCUCAUUUUGCAAAUCAGAUUUUGAAAAGUGGCGGGCACGCGCGGGGGUUGCAUGUGUGAGUGAGUGUGUGUGUUUGUGUGCCGCAGGUCUGAGUGAAGCGUUCAUACGUGCUGGGGAAGAGGGGAGCUGUCCAGGUGCUGAAAUGUCCCCCUGCAUGCAGUAGCUGUGGCUGAGGGAGGUUUACGCACAAAGGAGCUGGUUUAUAAGCCCCUCUUGUCCACAUUGAGCCUGGUGGGUCACAAUGAGGGCAGCUGUUAGAAAGGUUAAACACAUGUAUUCAACCAUAUAUAGCCCUGCUUCUGUAGGCAGUCACGCUCGCAGCCAGGAGGGUUGCUUAGUGACAUUUUCGCUCCUUGCAGAGUUGCUCUCUGGUCCUGCAGCAUGCUCCUGCAUGCUUGUGUUGAUGACGUGUCCUCUUUACUUCAGAACGUGUGCUUAAGGCAGCAGGGAGGUAAAAUUUGCAUAAUACCAUCCUGGCUCGAUAUUUAUCCUAUAAUUUUUUUACAUUUCAGUGAUUCUCUCCCUUUGACGAAGCAGCUUUGACCACCUGCAUGACAUGGAAUGGCUUUCAAAUGCAUGGAAGUAGGUCUCCACGACCCUCUCAUUCCCCCACCUCUUUCCUCAACGUUAUCUCACUACAAGUAGUCUCUACAGAGUACGCUGCUAUAAAUUAGCCCAACAUUUAGAAUCGCUGAAAAGAGGGGUGCUUCAAAACCACAAUAAAGCGUCUUUUAUGAGCGCCUUUUGAGUGCUGCAGCACCCUGAAAUAACACUUAACCCUCAUCUUGAUGGCGCAGUAAAAGGUAUUUAAAAUGAAAUCUUCAAACAAUAUCCAUCUGAAGCAGCUACCUCAGAGUCCUUGAUUUUCAAACACACAGCUCUCAGAUUUCCCUUUCUUCACACUCUCUUGAAAACCCUCUUUUUUGAUGUGUUGUCUAUGCUCUUUUUUGACAUUGAGGAUCUGGCUGGCAGCUUUAUGUGUAUUCUGUUUUGUAAUCUCAUAUCAUGGAGCUGUAUGAAUGUGGAUGUCUUUGGAGGAACCUGCAGUGAGAUAUGGUAACAACACAUUCCCAUUCUGGUCAUCACCCCUCAGUGGACGUCCCCUUGGAGGCAUGGGUUAGCAUGGCGACCGCGACUCUUAAGGAUUCCCCUGAUCCUUCAGACUCAUUGGUAGUGAAUUCUUGCUCCAGUCAGCAGAAAUUAUUAUGAACAAUAACGUUUUAUUGCUGCAUUAAAAAAGGAAGCGUUGUUGUCAUAAUAUGAUUCCUUCAUGUUGGAGUGAGAAUUAGUUUCGGAGCUGCUCUGAGUUCCUGUUUUGCUGUUACCUUCACGUGGCUCUCUUCCUCCUGACAGUGGCGGUUGACGGUACUUUGCGCGUGGACUGGAGCCCCACAGGCUCCCUGUCUGACCUCCCGCUUUUGGGGAACACGCGGACCUGCUUGGCGCGCAGACUGAUUCUGUCAGGACCUUUGGGCGCUCUGGACUUCAGCGAGGUGCCCUAAACUUAUCUACAUCUUUGAAUGAAUUUCUCUUUCUGGUUUGGUGUUGUAGAGGAGUCUUGCUCAUGUAGUUGCACGGACACCUCUGUGAACUGUCUAAUUAUUAAAAGAACAUUUAUCAUGAAGGAUUAUUAAGGAAGAAAAACAUGAAGAUUUAGAGAAAUUUAAAAGCUACACGAAGAUUACGGGAGGCUACAGUUACUGUUGUUUUAAAGGGACAAAUCAGAAGAGCAGCCUCCACCUUCUGCAGCUAAAAUGAGGAACAUGGAGCACAAUAUGAAAUUAAACUUUUAUGCAAACUGAAUAAUAAUCUCUCUGCACAACAUCAUCACAAGAAUGUGCAAGAACUGGGUGUGUUUUAAACUCAGACAAGUGAACAGAUAGCCUUUGUUGCUGUGUGUCCUCAGCUUUACAUGAGGUCCACAAUCCUCAUUUUAAAACAGGCGGCUGGGCACUCUUCUAAUAAUAACGACCUCUGUCUCACAAAACUAGGGCCUUGUAAAAUCACAACUUUACUCUUGUCUCUACAUUUUUAUUCUUCAAUUUUAACACUUAAUAUUCUACUACAACAGCCCGUCUUUUUCCUGUUAUAUUAUGACUUUUUUCUUCUGACUUGAUCUGACGUUACCAUGGUUUUAAUUUUCCAACUCUUAGACUUUAUUUUCUUAAGACAUUUUCUAGUAGCCUUAUUUUUUGGCUUAAAAUAACUUUUCUUCUUACAACUUUUCUCUCAUAGUAUUUUCCUCCUUAAUUUGUCCCUAAUCCUCUGUUAUAUGAUGAGGGUACCUGCUACUCUGCUUUAAACAGAUAGUGGGGAUUAAAAUUGGGCAAAUGACACACUGUUGUUUCAGAUAUCUAUAGCAAAGAAAGAAUAGGAAUUUCUGUUGCAUGAUGCAGUUUUUACAACACACAUAUUGUAAGUGCAGGCCAAAGAGAUAAGUAGAGUAAUAUGUGUUACACUCAAUGUUACGUAUUUAAAGCUCCCUCUGUUGGUCCCAUGUGGACAGAAAUGGUAUAGUGACUUGAUUUUUUACACCAUGAGCAAAAAUCUGCAACAGAGCGGCUUCUUUCUGUUGACUUGAAGUAUCAUAUCCAAUCCAAUCUGAUCCAGUCCAAAUUUACAGUAUGUGUACAACACACUUAGGGGGUUUAGCUCAGCUGAUAUAAAGCAGGUGCUCCAUGUACAGAGACCUCAGUCCUCGUCCCAUGAUCAGCAUAAUUCGAAGCAUAUUUCACGUCUUCUAUCCCUCUGCAUAUCUUGUGAAAAAAAAGCUAACACCAGAUCAAUAAAAAUGGGAAGGAUCAGAAAGUAAAAGACCACCUCAAAAGUUGAGCCAAAGCUGAAUAAUAAAGUGUAUUAGAAGUUCGAUUUGAAUACACGAGACGGACAGACAUAGAAGCAGGACGCUCCGAUGUUUCGGAGCUACAGCUGAAGAGACUUGGUGACCCUGAGCUUCGACUCUGACCUUUGGACAGUCAGGAGGCAAAGGGUCUGUAGAUUUGAGCGUCCUCGAUAAAAGAUGUGGUUUGAAAAUACGUUCAUAAGAAAAUCUUUAACAUCAAUCCUCAGGUAUCCAGGGAAGGGGGUCUCAUAUUAGUGAAGACGUGCCCUCUGACCUUUAAUAGAACCAGUUAUAUUGCAUUAUUUUGGUGGGCAAUGAACUCCAUUACUGUUAGUACUGUUACCACAACAUGGGUCACAGAUUUCUCUGUGUAUAUCGAUUCUGCAAGUGUAGUCCUCGAUUGUGAACCAGUCAUCAGGCAUAGGCCAGAUCUGCCGAAUCAAAGAUGACAAUCUUUCUGUAAUUCGCCACAUGAAGCAGAAAAUUAUUUCACAACCCUCCAGGUUUAAUGAUUACGUUCUAAUGAAGCCAUCUAAAUCUUCAACGUGUUUUCUGUCUCCUCCUAGUUUUCAUUCAUUCUUACCAGUCGGUUUCUGAUUACUUAAAAGUCAUUCGGUGUAAUUAAGCGGUUAAUUUUUAAUUUGAGAUUUUAAAUAGAAUGUCAGUGAGACGGAGUGCAAUGCCUGAUGACUGUGGAGAAGAUAUAGCAGGUGAUCAGUGCCUUAAUGAUCUGAACGAACACACACACUGAUGGUGGCACUGUUUGGCCUGUGUGCAACACAUCUGUGAAUCCCUCUUUAAUUUUUACUUGAUUAAAAAAAACUCAAUUUUAUUCCACAAAUGGUUCCACAAUCAUUAGCCCUAAGAAAUUAACCAAGCAGCUUGGAGGGGCGGAUCACUGACUUCUGCAGGAGUGACGGGUCUCAUUUGUGCACAAACUCAAAAAUUAAAAGCAUUUGUGUGCUUUUUAUCUCUCCACAAGUCAUACCUAAUGUAACACUGUUGUAAAACAUGAUGAAAUCAACGCUGAUGCUAACAAAACAAUUAUCAAAAAGGUUUACAAUUUCAACAUUUCAAUAUUUUGUUCUGGAAACUGUUGCAAGGACGGAUGUCACAUCAAAAUACUGCCUUUCUUUGCAUUUGAAUAAGCAGAAGGUCACACUGAGUGACACAUUUGACAAUGAAAUUGUUUGUUCAGAAAUACCACCUUCCAGGACAAGAUCAGCAAAGUGAUCAGGUUUGCAUUUUUGGCCACAGGGGGCGCCAAAAUCAAUGCAAAACAAAAGCUCCUUGAAACAGCUUUGAGGACACAAAAAGAUAAUCCAUAGUCAAGGAAGGAUAUAUGCUAUGUUGGCAGUCCUCUCCACUUGACAAGGCACACAGUAAAGGUUUUUGAGUGGCACCUGAGUUGGUCAAUCAGAUUUCAAGGGACAUCUCCAUUUCUAAAGAAAGAACACGCGUCCGUGGAAAACAUAAUUUUCACUAUUUUUUUUCAUCUCCUACCAAGAUUGGGAAGUCUGAAUUUUGACAGCUGUUUUUCUAUGAUCCCUAAUGUUCUGCUCAGAUUAUAUUGGAUCUCUUAUGGUGCCAUCUUUGUUGAGUUUUGCUGGUCUGUCUUGAACUUUUCUGCUUGAGCCCCUCAGCUCUGCACCACAAUUUCUGUUGGUUCUGCGAGGAUUGGUUCAUAUCCAAAGGGCCCAAAAUACAGAUGAAGAAUGCAAACACUGGUAGAAAGCGUCCAUUGGUGAACAUAGUUUCCACAGUUCAAAUCUGUCUGAAUACAGGUCUACAUAUUCUGAAACAGAGUCCCUCCAGAGUCUUUGAACCUAACGCUGUGAAUCUGAAGUUACUGAGAUUACUAUAAUUGGCUCAGAGGUGAUGAUGAUGAUGAUGGAGAUGUCUAAUGGGAAUGAUGAAUCCACCUUGCCUCUUUUAUCCAUCGGUGUGCACCAUCUGGGUGUGAAUGUGAUGUGUCACAGUGUCACAGCGAGCCAGCCAGGCGACGAUUAGCAGUGCCUAAGUGAUCCAUUAUGAAAUGCAGCCUCUCACUCUGUUAUUGAAUGCUGGGUGCUGAGAGAGCGGCUGGCAGGAUCUGCUGAUCUUAUCACAGCACUCUUACAGAGGAAGGACUCUCAAUUGCUUUACACUUCACUGACCCACCAAAAGUCCUACUUUUGCCAUAUUACAUCAGUAUUCAGAAAUGAUUCACAUUUCUAGAUUUUUUCAAUUCAAUGAGGUUCAAUUGUGACAGUGGAUAAAUAUUGGGUACUCUUCUGCUAACAAAGAGAUCUCAUUUGUUAUGGAGAUGCAAAUGCCUCUUCUCUGAUGCCUGUGUGAUCCAUGGCAUCACCAAGCAUCAGCGUCUUUGAAAUGAAAUGCAGGAAGACACACGCUGAAAUCAUUCACCGGGCUAUUGUGGCGUUGGCUGACGUUCUUAGUGUGUGACGUCAUUGGUGAGCGAGGCACACAGGCAUACCUGGAGGGACUAAUCCAUGGUGACCAGUUGCCAUAGAAAUGUUCCCAUUGUGGGAAAGUUAAGAGAGAGAGAGAGAGCAGAGAGAGAGACAGUGGGAGAGGAGCGGCGUUACGGCAGAAAUGUGGCGGAAAAGGAUGUUCAGGUUAUUUUGUCGGCAGACAUCGCCAGUCUGUGUCUGUGAAACCAGCAUGGUUUUACUUUAAUUCUUUUAUUAUGACUUCCUUUGUGUGCAAGAAGAAUGGGCUACCAAAGAGUAAAAUACAAAAUCAGCAUGUUUUACCAUCGAUUUAGCUUGAAAAGUGGAAAGCUUUUAUCGGCAACCAGCAGGCCUUGAGUCUAUUCUCCUUUACAGCUGGAGUGAAUAUUUGCAUGAAUUGUUAAAUUCCUCAAAUUUGUCAUCAUUGAAGCAAAUGCGAGAGCCAUUUUUCACACAACACAACUCUUCUACACAUUCUGCUGCUUCUCAGAUGUAAGGCUAGUAUUCUUCAGACCAAUCCUCAAAGAGAUUUUCAGUAAUUAAUUUGAUAUUUGUAUCUUCUUUUUUUAUCCAAUAUAAAUGUUUGAAACUCGUGAGUAAAAUGAAGAAGCUGCAAGGAUGUAGACAGGUUGCACAGGCAGAUUAGCUCUGUUCCAAUAGCAGUUUGGGAUGGGAUUCAUUGCACCCAAACUGCGUCAUACACCUCCAACCAUUAGGUGGCAGGAAAGGGCAGUGCCUUUUGAAGUGAGACAUUACAUGGGGAGGGGGGCACAUCUUUGCAUAUCCUCUAAACCUAAAGAAAAUGUCUGAGAUGACUUAAAUGUCAUUUGGAAGAAGAUAUAUGCAGGAGUAGUCAACGUAAUGCUGCUUUAGUGGAGAUCUUUGCAGGAGAAGCUGAGAGUUUAAGAGCUUGGAUCGGAUCAGCUUGUUAUCCAAUUGAAAAGUUACUCUUAGUAAUUUCUGAGGAGCUGGUUUACUAAGGUUUGACAUGCAGUGACUCUAAUGCUUUAUUUACUUCUUCUGCCUCUUUUUUUUCCAACAUUGUCAACGGACCCAGCAUGGACUCAGACAGAAAAGAUCCACUCUAAGCACUUCUCAAAAAAAAAAAAAACAGCUACAAAAAACAGCAACAGACAUCGAGGAUGAUCUAAUACAAACCACUUUUCUCAUCGUUUGCAAAUCUGUGUUAUGAUUUUGAAUAAAACCACAAACCUGAAUCACAGGGAAAAUAGAUUAGUGCAUUUUAAUUAUUAAAUUUCUCAGUAUGCAGACUUCCUGAUUACUCACUCAGGGAAACACCAGUGAGUUCAGAUUUAUGUCACUGUUUUCCUGCUCUAUUCCUUCAACAUGCAGGUUGUGAUGAAGACUCUGAUCUCCCUCUUGCGCUGCUGUCUCAAGGCUGCAUUAGUCUGCCCACACUGACUGUGCAGACAGUUUAUCAGUGGUUUAAAAGCCAAAAGCCUCUCCGCUGUCUGUGCUCACUAGACCGUGCUGAUGCACAGCGUCCUGACAUCAUGUGUGUGUGUUUCUGCUCUUGUUUUGCUCCCCCUCAAAUGUGUUACUGCAGAAUAUUCAGCUUGGUGUUUCAUGAUAUAGAGUCAAAUUUAGCUUGCUAAGGUUAGAGUCAUGUUUGAUAUUAGUAUUGUUGUAUUUAAAUGCGCGUGUAAUUGUGCUGCCUGUUUUUUUUUUGGUGAUGUAAGUGCGUAGAAAAAUGGUGCACAGCGGUGUAAUGAAGCGCUCGUUCAGCUCUGAGUGCUGCUCAUGUCUUCCUCUGUGUUCACUCUGCGGUUCAGUAGGGCAGUGGGGGAGUAGAAGCAGAGGGGGAGGAGAGGGGAGCAGAGCAGAGCAGCCAGCGGUGCUGUUAACCGGGGCUGAGUGGCAAGGUGAUACUGAAAUGCAUGUUUUUAGCCUACUCAUACUGAUUUAUUUGAAUGUAACGUCAAAAUCUUGAUGGUUAGUGUUUAUGAAUGUAGAAAUGAUAAGUUUUCAUCUAAAGUUUACUCAGAGAUAUCUUCAAAGCAGCAUGUCCAUGAUAUCACACUGGGAAAAUAACAGUAAAAACCUAUUUCAGAGAGAUAAGGCAGCGUGAAACAGGAACGUUUGAGUAGCACAGACAUUGAAAUCCCCUCCCACGCCAUAAAGGAAAGAUUUCUCUGAAGCUAGAUGGACAUCAUCAGCUGCUGACAUGUGAUUUUUUAAUUUAAAGACCAGCUCCAUAUAUCUCCGUAUUUGUCCUCCAGCACAUAUGUCAUAUUAUCUCCAGAUUAUCCUCCCUCUGAUCUGUGAGCUGCUCUGCGGCACAAGAGGAUUAUCACGCCUUGCGGCAGCCGCUGAUACCAUCGUCAGCCCGGGAUCCCCCCCUUUGUCUUUGCAGAGCUUUUCUGAAGAAUGACUGUUGUUUGCUUGGUUAACCAGGCUAGAUUGUGCUUUGUAAUGGGUAGAUGAUUAAAGGUCAGGAUGUGCACUAUUUUCUUAUUCACAGAAAAUAUGAACCAUGAAUAUGAACCAACCUUAUGAUGACCCCAAAUGAUAUUAUCAUGUUAGAAUCAGGGCCGUCAUGGUCUUUGAUUUUCCCCUUAUGAUUAUCACAGUCAAUAUACUCACGAUAAGGAGGUUAUUGCAGCAUUUGUUUAAACUCUGAGAAAAACAUCAACACACAGCCAAUCAAAUAAAGAAGAGGUGAAACAAGAGUGGUGCAACAUGUUACUUUAUAAACCUUACUAUUUAAUGCAGCUGACUUAAUUCCAUGUUUCUAAUUCUGUUCAAAGUUAUUUUUUCUCUAUGUCACAGUCACAGGGCUGUUUCAGUGAGGGAAUUUCCCCUGCGGUAAAUCAUGGUGGCUCAAUACAGCUGUGUGCACUAUUAUUGCAUACAGAUGUUUAUCUAUGAAUGGUUAAAAAAAUGGCUCUUGGAAUUGAAAGGGCCAGUUCUUGCUGAGCCUAAUGAUUUAGAUCAUUAAAAGGGUCUGAGAUUCAAAUCCUGCUCUUAGGAAGUGUAAAAACUUAAGCAAGAUUGUGCAGCUUUUGCAGAUUUGAAGUAAGAUGGAGAUCAUAAUGGAUAUACUGGGUUUGAAUGAAAUAUUUUGCUGGUCUUGGAUCAGGGGACCCUCUUUUUUGCUGCAGGAGGAGGGCAGUGGAUGAUCAGACUGUAAACCAACUACCUUUGUAUUCCUGUACAACAGCUCCCCUACAAAAACCACAAGUGUUUAUGUUGUGUUUUUUGGAGUUACAGUAUAGUUGUAAAUGUUAUGAGUUUAACUACCUGGUAAAGUAGCUGCUGCUCCUGCUUCUUCUUGUUUUAGGUGUAAACCAGUGCUAACCGCUUGCUUACAUGGCGUUAUUGAACGCUUAUUCUUAGCUUAAAAAAAAAACAAAACCAGGUAUUGUCAAUCCCACAAUACUGUGACUGCUCGAGCGUAAAUUGUCCCUGCAUUUUGUCCAACAAGUGCUGCACUCACACACCAGAGGACUGGUCACAAGCUGUACCCAUGGAGCUCUACAUAUCAGUCUAAAUCUGUCAGCGUAUGGUUCACUGAGCCAGGUGUGUUGACCCAUAUAGAGUAACAACACAGCAUGUUCUGCAUGUGGCCUUUGCUGUUGACGUGAAUGUUUCCCACGUGAGUACAGGUGAGGCUAUUAAAAGAGUCCGCAGACAAAGGAACUUGUAAACACCUGAUACUCCUGCUGUGGAUUGACUAUACAGUGCAGACGGAUCUGACGGGGAGACAGACCGAUGAGGUCUGAAAACACUUGACCAGUUUCCAUAUGCAGAGCUUUAUCAAUCCCCUUUUCAAGUAGCUUCUCUGUUACCAUCACGAUUCCAGUUGCGUCAGAAAUCUCUUAACAGCUACAUCUGGCAGCACCAGAAGGAUCCGCAUCAGCAAGAGCUGUGUGUUUGAUAAUGUCAAGAUAAGGCCUCUUUUUACCCAACAUGACUUCUGGCUGACAGGAGCAGAUACAACAAAAUGUUCCGAGUUGUAGCCUGAGAAGAGACAGCUCGGUUACCGAAACAGGUCAUUAACUCGCUAAUAAGCCGGCAGACCAAUUUAACAACCUUCCUUAUGUAACAUGGAGAACAGGGCCAACAUGAUCACUUGCAUGUUGUUCUUUUUCUGCCCUUCAGCGAGAAAAAUAACAUCUUUAAUCUAAAAAAACUCUUCAGGGCGUAAGAAGUUGAUAUUUAUCUUCUCUAACUCGCUAACAUACUGGUUGGUUCGGUUAACUGAUUCUGAUGUCAUGUCUAUUUUCCUAAUUAACACAAAUUGAUGAGAAGUCCGAGACAGGCUGUUCUUUACAGCUGUCUGACACGGAGGACCUUUGUUGUAAAUCUUCAAGAUGGCACUCAGCUCGAUUAGUUGUUUCUUCUUUGAUAUGUAAACAGAGGCAAAUCAACCGUAAGUCCUUUCAUUUGAAGAUCUCCAGGAUAUUUGAUAUGCCAGUAAAACUCCCACUCUUCAGCUGGUCCAAAAAUUAAACAUUUUUUUGUGGAUUUUGGAGAGACGACAGUGGUCUGACUUGGCUAGUAGGUUGCAAAACAGAAAAUACAAAAUACUAUCUAACAAAACUGGUCUUUUCCACUGGCUGUUGGUAGUUUCUCUCAGUCUGUGUGGAAGUGGGGACACUACAGUUAUCAUCGGUUUAUUUCCAAACUUACUGAGACCAGUUACAUAUGUAUGUAAUGUACAUAUGUAGAUGAUUAGAUUAGAAUAACAAGUUGUAAUUUUAAGAGGAUACAUGUUAGUUCUGUUAUCAGAUAAAAUAACCAAAGAGACAGAAAAUGUGGGUUGGGGGGGGGGGGGGGCAUAAUAAUAAUGCAUCAUAAUAAUAAUGCAUCAGAUUUCAUAUAGCGCUUUAUCAAAGACCGCUUAACAUUGGAUACAUCAUUCAUUCACUCACACCUUGGUGGUGGUAAACUACCUUAGUAGUCACAGCUGCUCUGGGGCAGACUGACAGAAAUGUGGCUGCCAGUUUGCGCCUACGGCCUCUCCAACCACCACCACCACACAAUACUCAUAAUCAUACACCAGUGGAGGACACACACUGGGAGGAAGGUGGGUUAAGUGUCUUGCCCAAGGACACAACUGACAGACUUGGGAUAGGGGGGAAUUGAACCACCAACCUUCCGGUGAUUGGACAACCGCUCUAUCGCCUGCACUACUGCCACCCCAAAGUACCCCCAGUAAAGGAGUGUGGCUGGGAAUCGAACCCACAGCCUUCAUACAUGGGGCACUUUGACUGCAAGGCCAUUGAUGUCCCAGAAUCAUGACUGUUUUUCACAAAAUGAAUGAUACUUUAUUGUUAUUUUUGCCCUGAACCGCUGCCAUAGAUUAGUCAGGGCUCUAACUCCGGUUUAAGGCUACUGCUAAUGUUGUAUAAUACUCUACUACUCAGAUCCAAACAUGUGAUUGGUAACCAGUUGGGGGGGACCUCUGUCAGUCAUCAGAGGUUAAAACAGAGGUUUUUAAGCUCUAAAAGAGCAAUUGUGUCAAUUUAAUCACUGAUUGACCACAACAUGUUGUUUGGACAAUGUUUUCAUUAAAAAAAUCAAAAUUAUACAGAAAAAAAUCCUUCAAGACUGAUAUAACGGUGGUGUUAUUUUCUCCAACUGGGGGAAGAAAAAUGUAAAACUUUCCCCUUUACAUGCUGGAACAUGUUCAACCUCCAUUAUUUAAAGGUAAGAGUGGUCUUAUUUAUACGCAGACUGCUGAAAUAUUCAUUGUUAGCACAAGUACAGCUCUGAAUAUGCACUUGUCCAUGUUCAUACCAUCAUCCCCCCGUGUGUGUGUUGUUGGCACACAGCUUGAGUCAUUCAGAGCACUGAUUGGUGAGUGAAGAGAAAAUCCCUUUAAUUUCUAAGACCCUGUAGCGCUCUGAAGUAGUUGUGGAACAGUGAACACAGGAGUCCUCUCUCCGUGGAAAGACAAUGUUUGGUUUUUCCGUGAGUCACGACAGGGUGUAUUAAGAGACUUGUUCGCAUUCAUGCUGAGCUGAACCGCUCUGACAGUUUUCCCCUGAGUCAUACCUUUUUUUUUCUUGUCCUUUCAGGUGAAUAUUGAUGACAGCACUGAAAUGUUACCAAAAUCAAGAAGAGCUCUGACUAUUCAAGAGAUUGCAGCAUUAGCGCGAUCCUCCCUGCACGGUGAGUGUGACAUGAAACACGUACAACUUCUUGAGAUACGGCUCAUAUUUAAAUAUGUGUACAGCUGCUCUGGAUCAAAAGCCCUGUUUCUUUCCUUUUACAGGCAUUUCCCAAGUAGUGAAAGACCAUGUGACGAAGCCUACAGCCAUGGCUCAGGGCAGAGUGGCCCAUCUGAUAGAGUGGAAGGGCUGGUGCAAGCCCAUCGACACUCCAGCAGCCUUGGAGUCGGACUUCAACUCGUACUCUGAUCUCACCGAGGGGGAGCAGGAGGCACGCUUUGCUGCUGGUACGUUUUCUUCUGCAGCUUUUUCUCCAAAUUGCUAGAGGGAAAAAAAGGCAUAAUAAAGCAGAAUAAAAAGUAUGACGUGAAUUUGCAUGUUAAGGGUAGCAUUGUUUUAUUAAUUGCGUAGGAUGAACGAUUACAAUCAAACAAAAAGGAGGUCUCUGGCAGAAAUGGAUCUGCAGAAUUUUACUCCAAAUGAGCCAAUUUUUUUUGUGCUGGAUAAAAAAAUUCAAAAAUAAGAACACAUACACUCACACACUUGAUUUACUCUGCUUCCUCGAUUUUUCCAGAUCUCACUUUAUCAUCAGAUGAUCAUAACUCACAUCCUCAGAGUUGCAAAAUCUCAGACCGCUCACUAAAAUUGGCCUUACUUGCUUCAUUAGUUUGGGCUGUGGCAACAAAGCAUGUCGUGGUCCAGCCUACUGUUUUGUUUUGUUUUGUCGAUCACUAGAAAAUUACCCCACUGCUACAAGAAAAUAAGCUUUGUUAUCUUGGUAAUGAGGUAAAUGAAGGCAGAAUAAUGGGAAAAUCAGCCAUGGGAAGAAAAACCACCAUAUUCCAAAAAAACAAAGAAAAAUAAGUCUAGGUCUCGAGAAAACAACAGGACAUUACUCUUGGUAUAAAAAUCUCAGUUAAUUAAGUGUAUGGAUGAGCUUAUUUACUAAACUUUAGUGAUAAAGUGUUAAAAUAAUAAAAGUAUAUUCAGGAAACAACUUCUGUUUUUGCACCGUUGAAGCCUGCUGCUAAUUUUCAGAGUUGGGGACUGUGACAUGAGUCGAAUUAUCUUGUAAAAAAUGGGGUAAACUUUUGUGAGUCCUGGGAAAAAUUGUUGGACAUCUAAAUACAGAGCUGCUUGGCCUCACUGACAGAGCACUUUAACAUUCCUCUGAGUUAAAUACGGGAUAGCCAGAGAAGUUUACAGAUCUGUCUGCAUAUCUUCAGUAUUCCUCUUUGCUAAGUGCUCAAAAAAUGUCUUAAAAAAAAAGAUUUGAUGGUUUCAACAUACUUCAAAGACAAGUGUCUCGAUACUGAGGGUCCUCUGAUACAACAAAUCCAAUCAUUUCACUCUGUUUUAUUUUGUUUAUGCUGCAUGUCAGGCUGUCAUGAAUCGGUUUUUUUUAGACCUUCUUAAAUCCCACCCCUGUUGUACAGCUAUUUUACAGAUAAAAAAUAUAGGAGCUGUGACAUAAAAUUACAACAUCUCUAAAGGUCAUUGAAUGCCACAGUUUCUCAGAUCUUUAAAUUAGACUUUAAGUGAGGUCCAUACUGCAGCAUUACUUCACUUCACCUUCGGCGGGCAGAAUCAAUGAGAGGACACUCUUUUGGCCCAGAGUUAAACAUGAAGGUUCAUAGUCAGAUAUCUUUAUCCAGAUAAUUAUCUGUCAGAAAUGAUUCUCAAGAUGCAGACAGAUACCCUCUGUUUAAUGUCCACCUUCUCAAACUCACACUGUUCCCUCUUUUUCCUCUGCCCUCUGCCGAUUUAUCUCCCCUUCCUUUCGUCUUUCUCACCCAGUCUCUCUCGCCUGCUCUCCCUCCGUUCUCUCGCUUGCUCCCUGCAUUGCAGACGCUCAAGGUUAAUUUGCACAGUGAGGUUUUGCUCCUGGCUAGUGCCACCGUGACUGAGCGAUUUUCCUCUGUGCCUCCUCUGUUCACCUUCCUUUUUAUCUUUCUUUUUUUUUAUUUCUCACUAUUUACAUGACUUCUCCUCUGUUCUCCUCUCAUGCCUCGGUCUUUGUGAUCUUUUAUCAAAAUAAAGGAUCUAUUCCAAAAGUCCUGGAGGUUUUAUAGGCAGCUGUAAUGAAGAUUCAAACAAGCUGAUUUGUUAACAUGCCUAAAAUAGGUCUUCCAAUUUUUACUCACUUCAUAGUCUUUAAAUAAUUAAAGCAUCUCUAGAUGGCCUUCUUUUCUGUAGUUUAGUUUGAACCUGGUCAUUUAUCAUAUGAAGUACAGCUUCUUUUUAAACCUCUGUUUAGUUUUAAAUGACUCUUAAGAGGAGCAAAUUCCUAGCAAUAAUUUAGACAGCACCGUAGACCCACUAACAGCUUUUUUUGUGCUGGCAGUGCCCAAGAUUUUAAUGAUCAUCUGAUUUUAACAGCAUCAUGUUAUGGCUUUUGCUGUGGCUCCUGACCUGCAAAUUUUACCUUCAAUCAGAGGACUCUGGUCUGCAGUUUUCGUUGACAAAGUUAAGGUCAGCAGUCCUGCCCCUUCUUUUCAUACUUUGAUAGUAACAAAGCAGUGUCAUUGUCGAGCACAGCUGUGUUACAAAGGUUGAAUGGUUUUGAACUGAACAACCAGUGGAUGCCUGUGGAUGUUUUAGCACUGUUGAACUGUUUGGUUUUACACAAGAAAUAGGUUCCAGCUCAAAAAACACUGCCAAUGAGAGCAGUCUCUUUUUUUUUUACCUCCUCCUCUCCCUCCCUCUUGUGUGUUCUUUCCCCAUCUGUAAAUGCAAUCUCGUUGUGCACAAGUGCAAUGACGAUAAAGCAUCUCCAGUGGACACAGGCCCUAAGGCUUCAUCUUAAUUAUGUCAUCUAUGUGUUAUAUGGAUGUGAAACACAACAAAAAAAUCAGGGAUAGCUCUAAAAUGGUCAUUAAUAUCAAAAUUGGUAUCAUGUAAAAGAUACAUUAUUUGAAGUAUAGCAUAGGCUGAUACAGAAUGGACAGCAUCUGCCUCCUCACUGGGUGAAGCCACUCCGAGAACAGCACCCUCUGAUGACGGGCUGCAGUAUACGUCAUAAAUCCCGCCUCCGCCAGAUAACCUUAGGGGGCUAUGGACAACUUUAGAAAUUUAUUACACAGAAUAUAACCCCCCCGUUUUUAAAAGUUAUCCGGGGGUUCAUGUUUUCUAUGAUUGACACCUGAUACAGCCCAUGGGCGAAGAUUGCGUAGCUCACCUGAGGGAUACACUGUUUGAGCCGAGCGUCAUCACAACGAGUCUCAGUGACUCUCCUGCCGAAUGCGAGUACAACGCUACUGCACAAUGUUGGUUUCAGGAAGUGGAGAAAAAACGCAGAAUUACCGAGAGCUUUUUGGCUUCAAAUCUGUAUACUGGCGGAAGGUGGAACCAAGUUGUCCAUCGUGUAUACAGUCUAUGAAGUAUAGUCUUGAUUGUACCGAUUUCAACGGAUAAGCAUUUUGCGUGAGUGUAUUUACACCACACACUCGUACAUUCUCCCAUUCACAUGCAAAUUUAUACUCUGAUUGCAGAGGAUGUGUCAUUAAAAGUUACUUGCACCGUUCAUUUACACUCACACAUUGCUGUCUCUGACACAUGGGAACAAUUUGGAGUGCAGUGUCUCACCCAAAGAUACUAGACUUUAGGUCCCUUUACUCAGAGGAUAGGACAGUGGGCAGAAUAGGACACUGCAUGAGAGAGCGAGAGUAAGAGGUAACAUUGUCAAAGGAAGUGGACCCAGGCCACUAAUCCAAAGGCUACAUACUGUGAUUUGGGUUUGAAAAAUAUCUUUGAGUCCUUUGUAGUAAAGAAAAUGACAAUCUGCAGAACCAAAACGUUUGCAUAAAUUAAAUAGCUUAAAGCAUUAAUAAAUAUUUUCUUUUCCAGAUUUGUUUUGAUAAAUAAGUUUUCAAAUGUUAGUUGACUAGUCUUGGUCGAGUCUGUUCGUCUAACCUAUCACUGUGCGUCCAUACAGUCUGUGGUCCAUCUGAGAUCUGCCAGUCAUGCUGACUCCUCCUAUUUGGCUGACUCUCUCACUGAAGCCCAUGUGGGGAUGCAGAUACUGUGGGUGACUGAACGCAGUGCGUGAAUGUCAGCGAGCACACGCCAGUACACAAAGUGAGCAUGUGCAAACAUGUGGAGUCAGUGUUUGGUACCUCUGUUUCUACGUAGCUACAGGGGAAGAUAAAUAUCUGUGUAUGUGUAGACACAGAGAGCUGAAAUGCAGGUUUGGUGUCCUUCUGGUGGACUUUACUCUACUGACACACACACAUAAAUAUAAACACACUGACACAAACAAACACACACGUUAAUCCUGCAGCACCUGUCUGUGGUGCGUGAAACCUGGCUGUCAGGUUUGACCAAUGCAGAGACUGACAACACUGUGAGUGUGUGAAAGAGGCACAGAGACAGAGUGUAAGUGAGAGAAUUGGCUCAGAAUACAUGUGUGAACGUGCGUGAAGUGUGUGUGUGUGUGAGUGUAUCAGAGUGGCUGUUUUCCAGUCUGUAGUACAUCGUAGUGUAGGUUUACUCGACAGCAGGAGCAGACACACCUGCUGGAAAACGUCAUUUAAAAAAACAACAUGUAGUGAUGGAAAAGUUUAUUCGUUAUGAGCGACAGCAAAACAAAAGCUAAGAACUCUCACUUUUAUAUGACAGGAGAGGCUUUAGAAUCAAAUGAAACAGAAUAAGCUAACAUUGAGUGGUUGGGGGUUGGCUGCACCUUUGUAUGAUGGAGGGUUUUAGGAUGUAGUUACCGAUCCUGAGAGUUUUCUCUAAUAAACACAUUGAGAACAAAGUAAGAGUUUUAGCAGUUUUUAGUUCUUUUCAAAUUAGGAAUGAUGCUAAAGUAAUGCUACAGUAAGUUUACUUUACGAAAGUUACUAAAAGAGGUUCUGAGGUGUCCAAAUUUGGGUUUUCGGGACAUGAAGUUUUCUCAGCACCUUCUCCUUUAGUUUCAGAUUGGCCUGCUAGUAUGGCAUCUGCGCUAGGACAAACUAUACCGAGGAGUGAAAGUACAUCUGUACGCCAGCCUUCCAACAAAAGUCAGCAAAAGCCAGAUUAUCUGAAGAAUAUCUAUCCAGAUUCCCUGGAGUGUGAGGUGUUUUAAAAGUUAUUUUUCUUAUAUACUGGAACCAAAGUGACAAAGGAAAGCGUAAAAACAACACCCACUGCAGGAACAAAGCUGUAAAAUCUGUCGUCUUUUGUUGUCAUGUGUAGGGUCUCUGCUGUUUCCAAAGCAGGCUAAGACUUUGAAGCUGAACAAAACCUCAUAAUUGUUUCGAAAAAUUUAAUUAGGUGAAAAGAUGAGCCUUGGUUUUGGAUAGAAAUGAAAGCGCAAAAUGGUCAGGGUGUGUGUUUGUAUCGUGCAAAAUGAGAUGAAGCUUUGCUUAUGGGAAAUUUUGAGAAAAAGUUGAAUUUUUGCUCUCUUAUUACCCUCCUUUUUUCAUGCAAAUUUUGGUCAUAAAUACAGUCGACCACGAGAUUAAGUUAAUCCAGAAAAAUCUACAUAGUCUAAAAUCUGGUCUGGUUUAUUUAUUGACAUCAGCAGUAUAAAACCAAACGUUUUAGUAGCUGUUCAAGAUCUUUUAUUCCUAUUUUUGUUUGGUAUGUGGGUCAGUGACGUAAAACAGCAUCAACGCCCCUGAAACGUGUCCCUCAGUGAAAUGAUUGCUUGAAAAGGGAUUUCAAAGAAAUACUCGAGAGCUUCCUGUGUGUGUGUGUGUGUGUGUGUUUGCACAUGCAUGUGUGUGUUUGCACGUGCUUGAGGCCGUGUUUGUGAGGAGAGUUCAGGACUCAGCUCCAGUCACAGAUGAAUGAAAGCAUCGAUCUCUCCCUCUCUCUGUGGGAGACAAAGUAUGAAUACUGAACAUUGACUGAAGAAAGAAAGACGGAGAGAGAAAUCAAGAAGAAGCAGGGGACAUGGCUGAGAGAUUGCACAGCCAAAGAAAAGGGAUUGGAAGGAAUGAGGAGAGUCAGGUGAGUCGAUAGAGCGUUUCAUUGAGAGAGACAGCUGGAAGAAAGGCGUGACAUGGAGGGAGGGGGUGUGGAUGAACAUGGAGGAAUACAAAACAGAUGGAUGGGGAGGAGGACGAGGACAAGGCUGAGCACAGAGAUAAAAAGGAGACGAGAGAGAGGGAGACUUCUCCUGUCAUUGGCCAGCUCCUGAUGAUGAUUGGAGGGGAUUGGUCUGUUGGACCUUGUGGCUUUACUGGUUCUGGCACAUGCUGAGUCACCUCAGCUACACACACACACACACACACACACACACACACACACACACACACACACACACACACACACACACACACACACACACACACAGAUUGAUGUCCUCUAUGUGUUCUUGUGUGUUUGUGUUUUUUAACAUUCACAUCCAUAUGGUUGCUUGUGUGCACACUUACAAAAUAUGGUCACUGACUUUGACAGCAGAAAAGGAGGUAGGGAUGUCUAACAGUGUCAAUGGUUUCUCCCAGAAGGUUUCUUCAGAAGCAGCUAACAGAAAGAUGCUGUUUUACUACAGUGUGCAAAAGGGACAAAAUAGCACACAAGUCAAUGUUGAUCUAAAACCUUAAUUGCAUUGCAUUGAAAAACCUUAAAUUUCCAUGAAGUUUGCACAAAUGAGAAAACAGUAAUGCAGGAGGUUAUCCAAACUCAGAGUAGGACUGCAGAGUGUGAAGUUUUUAUCCCUUUUUGGGUCGAAAAAAUUAGAAAAAAAGAAAUAAAAUAAAAUAAAGAGAUACAGUUAUUCAAUUGGUAUACCAAAAAAGGGGAAAGGCAGGGAGAGAAUAGUAACACAUACAAAAACAAGAAACAACAAUCACAUGACCAAUUAUGAUGCUAUGUUGUAGAGUCACUUGUGAAAUCUGAGAUUGUGAGUUAUGAUCCAUUUUUGUUUGUCAAAUGAAUAUGAUGAUGUUAGCUUGGAGGAUUACAUCAAGUGAAUGCUUAGAUGCGUGAAGAUGGACACUGUAAAUAGACUAAAAGUCCUGUACUGAAAAUGCGAAGUCACACUCAUGUAGGUUUGGAAGCUAUCAAAAGGUGAAGUAGAGGUGGGCCUGAAGCCCAUGACAGUUUUGAAAAGUCAGCCCCUCUGCAGUUAAAUGAAAAAAAAAAGACUGACAAUUUAAGGCAAGUUUAAACAAAGAAAACAUCUACAAUAAUUCAAAACGUGUUUUAAAGCCCAAUCUAUAGAUAAACAACCAUACAUUGGACUUUAAUGGGGUUUUCAGAGCUUUUGAAACCAGCCUCAAGUGGACACUCAAAGAACUGCAGAUUUUCAUGUCAGCAUUAGACUCAUUUUUAACACCAGUGGGAACAGAGGUAACAGUCUUUUAAAUAUCCCAUGAAAUAAAAAAAAAUUUGAAGCGGCAUACAACAUGCCAACAUCCCUCACUUUUCCCUGCAUUCUUGAUCAGUAUUUCACCUUUUAUUUUCAGCCUAACUAGCUUGUGCAAAUCUAUUUCUCUGCAUUUUGUUACUUGUGAUUGUCAGUGCAUUUACAAGGCUCCUCUUUGCUCCUCUUCCAACUAACUCUCUCUCCUUGCACUCGCAGGAAUGCAACCUGCAUAACAAAACAAUCAAACAGUCAGUCAGUGACAGCAGCUGUAAGUGCACACACAGCCGAAUGACGACUGAGGAGCAUCAGCUGUAAUGGGAAAGCUGUCUCUGUCCAGUCUCAUAGUACACUGUGCUCUUAGUUCCUCGCCCCAACCUGCCAAUCAGAAUAAUGACAUGACAUGGGGACACAAUGGUCCGCAGUCUCCUUGUUACCAUGCCGACCAUGUAUUCAUGCAUGUGCAGCGUAUGAGUGUAUGUGUUUGUGUUUGCACAGGAGUGGCCGAGCAGUUUGCCAUAGCGGAGGCUAAGCUAAGGGCCUGGUCCUCUGUGGACGGCGACGAGUCCAACGAUGACUCAUAUGAUGAAGAUUAUCUGCCUGCCAAUGAGCCCACCACACAGAGCACAGGUAUGCACACACAGACAAACAUAAACUACCUCUACAGCUACAUAGAUACCCUUCAUCCUAUCCCUUUCCUUCAUAAUAUCCAAUCACACACCCUCUUCCUCAUCCAUCUCUCCCUCUCUCACUCUGUUUCAUGUCUUCUCUCUCCAUCUCUGUCCCACUGCCCUACUUUUCCUCCCUCCAAACAUUUUUUUGUUCCACGGUGCAAUUUGAUAUCCCUCCUGCAACUUUAAUAUCAUUUCCUUUGCUGCAGAGACAGUGUCUGAGUGAGCAUGGUGUGUGAGCCGGAUAUAAAUACACCUUUUAUUUGACUAAGGUUUUGCGUGUUUGUGUGUGCGUGCGUGUGUGUGCGUGAGUGUAUGUAUGCCAGAGCUUUCAUCUUGAUUACACUGAGCCACCACUAACCUGUUCUGCAGCUAAUAACAUUCAGCUCAAUAUCACUUCUCCAUCUUGAUACAUUCAUCUAUGGCCUCUUACUGUCAAGCUCAGACCGCCCAGUCAGUGUAUUUAUCACAUACACCAGCAUGUAUGUGAUAAAUUCAUAUCUCUCUUUGAUACAAAGAUAGCAUUGAUACCCAUUAACAUUAUGGUCUUCCAUUUUUAAUCAGGCAUUAACUUUAAUUCAUGAAAGCAGUCUCUGGAUCGAACCCCGACAAUUGUCAUGUAUUUGAGCCUUUUCUAAUUAUACUUUUUUAUUUUCAUGUUUAAGUCUUGGCUCAUACUGUGAGCUCUAAAUUACUAAGGGCCUGCUUCCACAUGUGCCUUUUUAGGGCACUUCUUGCUUCUGUUGCUAGGCUAUAAAAGCCAUACAGAGGAACUAACAGUGACGGAUAAGUCUGAUUUAAAUUGCUCUGUUUGCUUCAUAUUUGCUUUCAUUCUUACCUCUCUAGCUUCAGGUGAAUAUAAUCAAUAGUGUUUGAAAAUUUGCAUUUUCUUGUUGGCAUUUUUAGCAGAUGCAGAGAAUAUCAGCAGCAAGUGUGUAAGAUCAUUUUCCUCAUACAUUUUCUGUAGCGAUUUUUCUCUCACUAAAAUAGUCCAGUUUUUGUUUGUGGUUUCUUUGCACCUGUUUUCUUCAAUUUGGUCAAUGUCCCUUUAACCCUUGGGGUCAUAGUGUGUUUAAACAUCCCUUCUUAGUUCUUGUGUUGCUUUAUAACUUGACUAUGUUGUUUUAGCAGAAUGUGUUAAUUGAAAAGGUGGUUUAGUGUUCUCCACAUCGUUAAAGUUAUCUGUUGGAUAUUGUGGACCCGGUCUCUCUAUUCAGAGGCAGCAGGCUGCUCACUGUCGGUGUCUGAGUCCAGCAGUGAAAGCCUUGUGUCGAACUGUCCACAUUGAUUUCCCUGAAGAAGUUCAGUUUAAACUCUGUCGUCAUCAAGUUGAAGCCUUAAAGGCACAUCUGCCCUACCAGAAAUGAUUUCACUUUUUUAAAAUGUAUUGGUCGUUUGUAAUUUGGUUACAUGUGUUCUGUUGCAAAGAACCAGGAAAAAUAUGUCUCUGGUUUUAUAUCUGGACACAGACUCAGAUGACUUUUAGGUUAAACAGUCACAGAUACAGAUAAUGACGUCUUCACAUCCCAAAUCUAUCAAUGAAUAUGCUGUUUAUCGGAAAGCAGCUAAGAUUUAUGUCUAUAAAGCCUUUCUCAUAUUUUGUGGUUUUUCAUACUUACAGUCUGUAUUUUUCCCUCUAUAGAUGUGUCGUCCUACCCUCCCUACUUGAAGGACCUGAUCCACAGCCAGCUUUGCCAGCACCUGGGGCUGCGAGGUCCCUGCUGUGAUGGUGGAGGGGAGGGGGGUGGCAGCCGUGAACCCUCACCCACAGCGGGUUCCCCGGACACCCUGUGCUCCAGCCUCUGCAGCCUGGAAGAGCACCACCCGCUACUGCGAGACCUGAGCGGCCACCGCGGCACCCACUCCCACAGCAAUGCUGCAGAGCUCGCAGCCAAGAUCCUAUCAGCUCUGCAGGGAGGGGAGGAGCUUCUGCUGGCCCGACUUCAACGGGUGGGGCAGAGCGCGCCUGGCGGAGGGGACUGUGCCUUCCACAGCCUGGGUGGAGGGGGGCGGAGCAUCAGGCCCUGCAGGGGCCAAGACUCUCCUUGCUACUCCAUGUCUUACUCUGAGACAUACCUGUCGCCUGGUGAGGACGAUGACACCCCCUGCAAGGACUAUGAGAGCACCGUGUGCCAGGUGGAGGCUAACGGAGAAGAGUUCCCACCUGAUUAUGACCCCCGCAGGAGGGUGUCUGACGUGGCGUCCUCUGGGGUUGUGUCUCUGGAUGAGGAGGAUGAAGACGAAGAGGAGAGGGCAGACGAGCAGAACAACCACUGACUCCUCUCAUCUCACCUCAGUGUUUGAUCCCUCUCUCUCUUUGGAGGGUUAGGUUCCUCCUCCUCUCCAUCGUGUCUAAAAAGUUUGAACAUUGCGCAUGUUGUUUUCUGGACUGAAGCAUCCGUCUUUGCCUUACUCGCAGCAUUUCAACCCCCCCCUUCACCUUUGAACUGCUUUGUCCCCAUUCGACGUGUUUUCUUUUGAGGCGUCAAAACAAUCUUUAUCUGUGUGAUAGCAGGGGCGAGGGACUUGCUAAGAAGCGGUCCAGGGACUUAUUCGUGGGUAUGAAGCUCACAGUUUUCGGGAAAUGACUCUGAAAAAUGGACGCCACCAACAGGCUGACAGAAUGACUCCAGAGUCCAAAACUCUGACUUAUCUUUGCAUGUUUUGCAAGUGCUGAAAUGAUGGGCUGACCCGGUCUUGAGCACGGUUUGUAAUCUCAGCUGUUCUGUAUAACCCCCCCUUGCCCACACUCCCAGUGUCUCCUCUGGGAGGGAGGGUCAACACUGCAUCCUGGGACCUCCCCUCUCCUCUCUCCCUCCCUCCCCAUCCUUUGCAAGAGACAAAAUAGCAUCCUUUUGGGCAUGGCUUGCUGAGUAUGCCAAACUAUUUAACCCUGUCACUACAAAUUAUGAGCAAAUGCUGGAAUGUCUUAAAAGUGACAGGACAUAGUAUGUAUUUUAAAAUAACACGGUUAAAAAGACUUGUUACAGAUUAUAUGACAGAAAUGAUAUGCUUUUAUUGUACUAGUUUUCUAUCACUCAGACAUGUUGUUGUUCACAUUAUUCCAAACAUCAUUAUGAUGGACAUCUGCCAUAAUGAUGAACCAUAGGUACCAGAGAUUUUUGGAUGUUCUGUGGAUUCCUGCGUGGAAAACAUAAGAACUUUGGUUGUCUUAAAAAAUACACAACAACAACAACAACAGCAGCAGCAGCAGCAGAGACGACAACAAACACGGACAGAAUGUUCCUGAAGUGAUCCUUUGGCAAUUAACAAAGAAGGUGGAAAAGAGAUUUUUCUGUGGCGAGAGGAGUUGCAUCGGAGAUUUUCUAUAUUUUUGUAUGCGUUGUCUUGCUUUGAUCUCUUUGCCUAUGCGGCGUGCCAGUGUAUGUGGUUAUUUGCACGAAGCUAACGUGGCUGUAGAUUUCUCCUUUUCUUCGUUAUCACUGUGUGAUAUCGUUUACUGAGAAAAAAAACAAAUGUGAACAAUUUUUAUUUUACUUUUCAAAAGAGGAUGCUGUGAUACGGUUUGUUAUUGCCAUAUGUAAUGAUCCUCAUGAAGAGCUCUUAUUAUUUUUUUCAAGAUGCUCUUCUUUCUUUCUUUCUUUCUUUCUUUCUUUCUUUCUUUCUUUCUUUCUUUCUGAAACUGUAUCUUUAAAAGCUUUGCCUUUUAAUCUAUAGACCCUUUUAGUGUUUAUAUGACAUUUUUGGUGGACGGGGCUUAGCUGCAGGCAAAACAAUCCAGUUGACACACUGACCAGCACCAGCACCUCAAUGGUGGAAGAUAACACAGGACUGUUGCUUGAAUAAGGUAGCACUCAUAAGGAGGCGCGGAUUAGCGUUGCUCAGUGGAUGGAUGAUUGGACAGGACUAACAAAGAUCUAAUGUCAUGCAUAGAAUAGAAAACUGAGAGAGGAUGACGCUGCAUUCAUGUAAUCCCUGUAUAUUCCCCCUUUUGGAGGUUUGGUGUGCUCUGGUCUUAAUUCAGAAUUUGGGAUUUAAUUUUACACCACAUGAAUGCAGCAGAAGUCCUUAGACGCCUACAUAUUUGCAGUUGAUGACUAUGGGGAUUGUACAACGGAGGACAACAAAUAAUUUGUAGACAUGCAGUAAAGGGUCAUGGUUGGGGAUUGGAAGCAGCAACUGCUGUGACAAGGGCUGAAGCGUCUAAACAUGGAGCGUUCAAGCCAUUUGCAUCUUAUUCAAUGCUGCUCAUAAUGCUUGCAUAUCUGAUGACUCUUUAUAGACACAAUGCCAUCCUGUACACACCAGCACCCUUGGUGCAUUUUUGUCAAUAACCUCUGUCCAGUCUAGAACCAAACUGUGUUUAACCAAAGUGUUCUUGGUUUUUGUUGACUGGAAGUGGCAGCUGGUCUAUGGUAGAAUUUCUGUUUUACUGUAACUCCAUCAUUCUGGCACCAAACAACACACCAAGACAAUGCUUUGACAUGUCUACCACCCUGUGGUGGUGAUUCGUGUGUCACUCUAGUUUUGCCUCCAGCUAAUACCGUGAUGUCAAUGUGAUGUUGGCUCCAAAAGAGUCUAUACUUUUCUUCUUUUCUAUGAUAUUUGGCAUGUUUAAAUGUGGCACAUGCAGAAACUCCCCCAUCUGCAUGGUGAUGUGAGGAGCUCUGUUGAGGUUCUCCCAGAGGGACCGUCAUUCAUACAACUCAGGAAACUCCAUUGGACAAGAACAUCAGUGCAUCCCACCCACGCUCAUAACACCUCUGUCUCUCAUUUUCAGUGUGUGUGAGAGAGAAAGCCUGGUGAGUGCUGUUAUUUUCUACAAAUAAUUAAAGCACAGAUUCAGCCCCCACAUCUUUCUGUCAGUGCUGUUUGACCGUCCAGAAAAGCCUCAACAUGCGAGUCUGUAUGCUUUGUGCAAAUGUGUGUGUGGCUGUAUUGUAAGAUGUCAGCAAGCCUUUAAAGCUUGCAUUGUGAAGUCAUAACAACCCCCUCCAAUGCAGCGAUUCCCUUUAAUGCAUGUCUGUGUCGUUGGAGGUUGAGCUUUUACUGGUGCUGGAAAUUUUCAAAAGAAAAAAAGGCAUUCGAUGUAAACAUCUAGACUUUAUGUUAAAACAUAAAAGGAAUAAAUGGGUUCAACACUUCAUGAAAAAUACAUGAGCAGCUCUAGGCAGGAGGGUUGAAAAAAACAGCGACAACUCAGGGGGAACCAUCAAAGCUGUGCCUUUCAUCCGUCACCUUUGACCUCCCAAGUUGCACCAUCAUCACAUCAUUUGUGCUGUCACUCAGGCCAUAGCUCAGCUUCCUCCCCUCUUUCUUUUUCAAACGAUCAAGUGUGGAGAGAAACACUCCAACAGAGGCAAAAAAAAACAUUCUGUUGCAUCUCCUGUGUGCGUGUGUUUUUGUCAUUAUUUGAAACUGGAGGUUACAGCGGGCGGUUUACGUCACUGUCCUUGUGGUUGACAUUAAAGCUGAGGGAUAAUGAUGAGGCGAGGUUGUGCUUUUGUCCUGUUGCAGUGAUGGGAGUGAGCCAUUGUUCAAUACCCUCCUCUUUUUAUUUGUCCACUCAGUGCAUUUGCUCUGACUGUCUCGCAAAGUGUCUACGUGUGAGAAAGAGAUGGGCACCUUGGUGUUCUGUACAUUUUAGUCACUUGGCUAUAUAGUUCCCUUUGAGGGCAUACUUGCUGUAGGCCCAGUUACCCUGUACUGUGCCAAAGCAGGAUUGCUCCCCCCACCCCUGCCGUCCCAGUGCCCCACUGGCCCACACCUGGGUUCAGUUAGUUCCUUUAACCUUCAUACCCAUGUUUUUUUAUGGUACACACAUAGGUUUACAUCAUCAUGUAGGGUUCUUGGUUUUCUGGACUGACAGGAUAAAUUAAUAUUACUUGCAUCUCCAAAAGGGGGCAGUAUUAGUAAGAAAGGCAUCUCACGCUGUCAGCACUCAGGGAGAUGUAUGCCUGCUAGUUAUUUGUGUUCCAUUGAGAAUAGAGAAAAGCAAUGCUCCUGCCUCAGCAUGUCCACUCCUGACACCAACAAUGUGUCAUCUUCUAAAAUAAUACCUGGUGACCAGAAGCUGCUGCUUGAGUCUCCUGGGGGACUAAUUUCUUCACAGAGUGGACUCUGAGUGCAAAACCACUGACUUACCACAAUCUGUGUGCUAAAAAUGCCACAAAAUGGUGUUGUGUAAUCGAGGCAACACUUAAAAAUUAACCAAGCACCUCAGUGACAGACUCUUAGUGCUAUCAUAGGAGAAAAAAACUUGACAGGUUUUAAUCAGGUGGGCUAGCUUAGUAGUAGGAUAUAUAGGAACAGUUUAAUUUAAUCUUAGAUAACAUGGCAAGCUUUUUAAAGCAUGUGAGUUUCAUAAUGACAAACUUAUUAUUACUGAUGCGUUUCUUUCAGUACAUUUUGAGAACAUAGUAGGGCCCAUAGUGAACAUAGUUCACCCUACAUAAAUGCUAAAAAUGUCAGUGGGUUACUUUAGAAGUCCAAUUUUUGUAUUGUUACAAUUGCACAGUGGAUAACAACACAGAGAAUAUGUCCGCAACUUCACUUUACUGGGUUGUUUUGUUUUAGUCAACCCACCUCUUCAAACUGUGGCCGAGCCAAAGAAGCGUACCACUUUUGAGCACAGUACAGGGCACCCAUGCCUGUUGAAAAAAAAAAAACAGGACUCAGGGGGCUAAAUGCUUAAACAUGGUGCCAAGAGUGAAUUUGCCCUUACUUGUACACUAGCAUGUUUUUAUUUGUAUGCUUGUGAGGACAACUACAAAUUUUCCUCCAGUCUUCAUGCUACAUUUAAGCUGAACUCUGAAUCCUGCUCCGCUUCUUGAUGUGGCAUCAUGGUGGCGUUCAUCAUCUGUCUUCCUUGUGAGAGCAUUUUGUCCCCAUAAGGAUGGAAAGGGAAGAUUUCCCACUGACACGUACAGACAGCCUGAUGAAUGUCUCCCUUCUCCAUCCUUCUGUCCCUGUCCUGUCAUUUCCUGCCCUCCACUCCCCUCCUCCCACCUCUCUUUGUCUCCGUCCUGUCCUCUUUGCCCCCCCCCCCCCAUCUUUUCCCAAAGUGGGGGCUUAUUACGUAAUCAAGAGGACGUCUGAGAGCUACCUUUGCCAACAGGCAAUUAGCCCUCGAUUAUGAAACAGCCUGAUGAACAGGAGAUGCAUAUCUCCCUCCUGUCUGUCUUCUUUGCUCCCUUGUGUCAUUUUCCCCUUCACUCCAUCUGCACCCUCCCCUUCCCUUUUUUUCCUCUCUUCCUCUUCCUAAAUGCCUCAAGCGUUUUCUUUGCAACAUCUUUUGAGGUUAGCUGCCCCAGAAAACUCCAAGUGGCUCCAAGAAGUGUGUUUUUGCUCGCCUCUUUGUUCGGAAGUGAUUAAUAUUUCCAAAAACAGAAGAGUACCCAGCUGUCCUUGAGUUGGACAGAUGUCUUUAGAAUGAAACAUGUCUCUGUAUUUUGUGUGUAUGUGAGUGUGUGUCUCUAGGCAGCGCGAUUUUAGUUUGUUGCUCCAGGCGAGCGCUGACAUUGGACACUUAUCAGAGAAGUGCUCCAGAUUCUCUCUCCCUCUGAUAGUGGCGGGAGAGCCCAGCGCUAUAAAAAGACAUCAAAACAUCUGUUGGACAGCGACGAGGCAGGAGGAGGUAUGAAUAUUCAGUAGGUGGCAUUGCCCUCAUCACCCUAUAGCCAACUUACUGUUUCAGAACAAAGCAGGAGAGCGGCUUGCCACCUUGUAGGCCUGAGGAAGCAAAUGAAAGGAAAAAAAAGCUCACAAACAUUUCCAAGGGUGCAUGAAAAACCGAAAGAGAAACUGACUACAUAGAGCUUAUUAUAGAGAGAGCAUGCCUGAGUUUAACCCACAUUAGCCUUCUCCGUCUUAAUUACAAAAUCCCACAAUCCUCAGGGGUUUGGGGUGCACAGUGACACCAGCCACACACACACAUACACACUAAAAGACACAAUGCUCGUGAGGGUCCACAAAGCCAUAAAACUCACCCCAACAGAGGCGGGGAUGCCGUGAAAAAACAGGGUACAAGGAUAAGAGAAGACCCGAAAUGAAUGUACUGACACAUCCUCAUCCUCAGCAGGUUACAUAUCAUCAUCACAGCGUCUGUCAAACACACGCACUCAACCUUGUCCUCCCUCUGAAAUCUCAAUCCUCGAUUUUCCUUAGUCUCUUUUUCUUCUCCUUUGAAUACUUUUCUUCCUCUUUUGGCUGAAUGUAGUUAUUAAAAUAAUGCCACUUUGGGUUUGAAAUUGAAUCUUUGUUUGCUGCAUCUGGUAUUAUUUCAAGUGAAUAAAAUAUUGUUAUUGUUCUUUGCAACUAA